AACUAAAUCUUACGUUGGAAAACUAGCCCUAAGUUUAUAAUUACAUUUAAAUGCGCUUCAGAUAAGAUUGACGUAAUUUACUAUUACAUGAAAAUUCAUCAAUUGGUUCCUAUUUAAAUUGAAGUACUUUUUUGGUAUCUGUUAUCGGAGAAUUUUUUGAAAAAGGCUACCUGUGUUAUAUUUAUUAACAAAUCCAUUAUUUUAAAAAAUUAUUUGUUCUAGUCAAUUAUCAUUAAAUAAAAUGGCGUCAAAGAUUGAAUUUGCUGUUAACAUGACUUGCGAAAAAUGUGUUGAUGCAAUAAAAAAUUGCCUUAGCGAUAACAAAGAUAUACAAAAAGUUGAUAUAUCACUUGAUCGAGGAACUGUUUUAGUUGAAACAAAACUUCCGUAUACAAUAAUCCAAGAAAAAAUAGAAAGUUCCGGUAAAAGGGCUGUGUUGAAAGGCUUCGGAGAUAAUUCAAGUGCAGUUUCUAUGAUUGGUGGAACUUCUGGUUUUUCUAAGAACAAAUUAAUCCAAGGAGUUGUCAGAUUUAUUGAAACUCAAAAAGGCUGCAUAGUUGAUGGUACAAUUGACGGAUUAGAUCCUGGAGAUCAUGGGUUGCACAUUCAUGAGUGUGGUGACAUUUCUAAUGGCUGUGAAUCAGUAGGUCAGCAUUUCAAUCCCUACAAUUGCAGUCAUGGAGGCCUAGAAGAUGACAUUUCUAAUCGACAUAUGGGAGAUCUUGGAAACAUAACUGCAGAUACAGCCGGACGAGCCUUGUUUAGAUUUCAAAAUAAUGAUUUGAAAGUUACAGAUAUUAUCGGAAGAUCUCUUGUCGUUACAGAAAAUGCUGAUGAUUUGGGAAGAGGACAGAAUUCAAAUUCGAAAAUUGACGGAAACAGCGGACUCAAGAUAGCAUGUGGAAUAAUAGCAAGAUCAUGUGGGAUAUUUGAGAACACAAAAAAAAUUUGUAGCUGUGAUGGUAAAACAUUAUGGGACGAACGAGAUGAACUGAAAAAAAAGUACACUCAAUUAUUGGACUUCAAGAAUAUUAAUCUAGAUGAAAAGCGAUAAUUUUUUUUUUUGUGGUUUAAGGUCAUAGUUUGUAGGAAGGCAAAUUUAAAAAUUUGUAAUGGUUUUAUGUGAUAGUUAUGUUUUUAAAUAAAGACAAAGUUUUUUAUUUUAA